AUGUCUCGUGACCGGUCCCGUAACCGUGGAGGAUUCCAGCACCGAGGCCGCGGAGGAAUCGGCAUGCGCGGCGGUAUGGGAAACCCAAAUUUUAGAAAUCAAAACCAGUAUCCUUAUCAGAACCGAGGAGCCCAUAUGGGUGGCGGGUUUAAGCCGAAUUUGGGAAACCAACCCACCCAGGCGUCUACACCACAGAAGCCGCAAGAAUCCAAUCAAAACAAACCAGCGGUGCAGACACCUCCGGCGCAAGCCCCUGUCCUGCCCCAGCAGAGCAACAACAAAGGCCCGUCGCCACAACCGACCGCCGUUCCCGCUCAGCCGAAGAUCCAGUCUCCACCGCCGCAGAAUACCGUGAAGACCCCGGACCUCGUAUCCCCACAGAACCAGCCCAGAAAGAUUCAACCCGCCCAAGGUGUGAUGGGAAAUGGCCAAAAACCGCCUGUUCCCGUGAUGAAAGCCCCAGAGCAGACACCACCACCACCACCACAACAACAACAACCACCGAUCACCAAGAGUGAGGACAGCUCUCAGCCUCAGGAAUUGAGAGCGACGCUGUCUUUGCUGCGCAAGCCCGGGGAGAAGACCUACACUCAGCGCUGCCGUCUGUUUAUUGGGAACCUCCCAAACGACAUCACUGAACCUGAAUUCAGGAAAUUGUUUGCAAAGUAUGGCGUGCCCAGUGAGAUUUUCAUCAAUCAAAGCAAAGGGUUUGGAUUUAUCAGACUGGAAUCCCGUGCCUUGGCAGAGAUCGCAAAAGCUGAGCUGGAUGAUAUCCCAAUGAAAGGCAGACCACUUAGAGUUCGUUUUGCCACUCAUUCUGCCGCACUUUCUGUGCGCAACUUGUCUCCAUAUGUGUCCAAUGAACUGCUGGAAGAAGCCUUCUCUCAGUUUGGGAUGGUGGAGAGGGCUGUAGUUAUCGUAGACGACCGUGGCCGCUCCACUGGGAAGGGCAUUGUUGAAUUUUCUUCCAAGCCAGCUGCACGGAAGGCCCUCGAUCGGAUCAGUGAUGGAGUGUUCCUUCUCACAUCGGCACCCCGUCCAAUUGUGGUUGAAUUGUUAGAACAAUAUGAUGAGGAGGACGGUUUGCCAGAGAAACUUGCACAGAAGAACCCCAGCUAUCAGAAGGAGCGAGAGCAACCUCCUCGGUUCGCCCGUCCUGGUACCUUUGAGUUUGAAUACUCGCAACGAUGGAAGUCUCUUGAUGAGAUGGAGAAACAACAGAGGCAACAAGUGGAGAAGAACAUUCGUGAGGCCCGUGAGAAGCUGGAAGGAGAGAUGGAAGAUGCUUAUCAUGAGCACCAAGCAAACAUGCUCAGACAGGACCUUCUUAGACGUCAGGAGGAACUCCGCCGCAUGGAAGAGUUGCACAGUCAGGAGAUGCAGAAGCGUAAAGAGAUGCAGCUCAGGCAAGAAGAGGAACGCCGUAGGAGAGAGGAGGAGAUGAUGCGGCAGAGAGAAAUGGAGGAACAGAUGAGGCGCAAACGUGAGGAGUCUUACAGAAUGGGCGGCUUUAUGGAUAAUAGAGACAGGGAGAUGAGAAUGAAUUCCAGUGGAGGCCUGGGGUUGGCUGAUAUGCCAUUUGGGUCACCUAGCCAGAAGUUUCCAUUGACCGGAAUGAACUUUGAAGGACACCAGGGAAUGGGGGGAACAACACCUGGGGGCAUGGCGCCCAACGAAAUGCGCAAUGAGCGUUUCCCGCAAGGUGGCCAAGGGGGUCCAAGGGGCAUGGGUGCUGGAAACCCAGGAUUUGGCAGGGUCCGUGAGGAAUAUGAAGGAGCUGCCAAGAAGCCACGCUUCUGAUCUGGCACUAUAAAAUCAAAGUUUGUGUGUGGAAAUCCAGAGGCUCGGUUCUGGAAUCACAAUUGAUGUAUUUAAGUUUAAAGAAGUUUUAGCCUGAAAACUCAUCCCAUUUGUGGCAAUAUUUUUUUUUUCGUCCUGUUUUUAUUUUGUAUUCUUAAUAGGUAAUAUAGUGAAACCAUUGAAGCCAGCAGUGGCUCAGUGCUACCAACAUGUAAUCCUCUUUCUUACUAGUCUAUCUUGUCAUGUUACUUGUGUUAUACUGGUGAAUAUUGUAAAUUGUUCUGAUCUCACUAUGGCUGUGUUCUGUGCCAUUCACAUCUAAAAUAAUACAUGUACAUUUUCAAUAAAGAGUGCAGUUGGUUCUCCAAAACCCCAAUCAGGUGUUCUUGGCACAAUGAUUAAAUUUAUGAAGUGUCAGACAUCUGACAUCUGAUACAUUUUAUAGGCAUUUAGGUUUAUUUAUUUUUUAGUUGUUGCAUAUGGAUCCCUUUUAUAUUACAGUUUAAAGGUCAGAUUUAUUGGUAAAUUUGAACAACUUGGCUAUUAAGGUAAAUAUGGUUCGAUGGUCUUUUAUCAGUUUUCAUUUUGAUUAUGAAAUUGGCUAAAGCUUAAACUGUUAGCUUGACUUAUUUUCUUAUUAUUUUGACUAUUUGACUUGGUUUCAUUGGUUAACCAGUUGUGCCCAUCUCACACAUACACCGAUUGCAGUGCGUAUGCCGCCCAUGUGUGGUUCUUACGCAAUGCAGAAGAGGCACUGGCACAUUCUGCUUUCACAAAUGACGUGCUUGUCGUCUGCUACUGAUCAGUAGCUGUAUACCACAAACAAAUUUAAUCCAUUGACUUAAUUUCAAAAUCCAAACAGUUUUACUGAUAUGCUUUUUCAGUAUUGUGAUUUUCUAUUGUACAGUAAUACAAUCUUUCAUAGAUGUAAUCACAAUAUAAAAAAUAUAUUAAUUAAGUUGCUAGAGUGGCAAAACCUUUAAACAUAGCCUACAAGCUUUAAGCAUUUUAAAUGCAAAGUUACCAUUGACAGACGCAGUCAAAUCUUAUGAUAGCUUUUGCAUUUAAAACUUUAUAAGUCAUCUUGCUGGUUGUAAAGAAUUUAGUUUCUGCUACGUCCAUGAGUGCCAUCCAUUGUCACCUCGUUGGGCACGUUUUCUUGCUGUAAACCUAGCCAAAAAGCCAUGUGUUGACUGAAUCAUGCAGUUGAAUUAUGCAUUUGUGGUGUAAUUUCAAAAGUAUUGUAAAAAUCCAUGUACAUUUUUACUGCAAAUAAUGCCCUGUCACUUUCAUCCAGCGCAUAGGAAUGAUUUGUACGAGAAAGAGCGCUGCAGAUGACCGCUCCAAAAACAUUGUUGGACCACAUCAUUGUGCAGUGUGAAUGCUCUCACCUGCUAGCAUGAGUAAAAAUACACACCGCAAACAAAGUGUGUGUAAAAUAGGCUUUAACCCCAGUCGGCUCUAGAACUUUCCCUCUAACACACAUCGUUAUAACAUAUACAUAAUAGUAAUACAUUUUUAUAAAAAGAAAAAAAACAGGCUUUAAGCUGCAGAAGAAGAGAUAACUGGAUUGAAAUUUUAGAAAACUCUUAGCUACCUGUUGGAUUUUGGAUACACUGAACAAAAAACAGUACACUCCUUUCAGAAGCAUAUUUUGAGGUGUAUGCAGCAUUUUACUUCCACAGAAUUGUGUGAAAAUGUCUGUGCUCGGUUUAAAUCUUAUUCUUCUAAUCCAUUUUAGAAUGUUGAUUUUUAUUUUGUACAGUUUAUACUGGACAAAGCUGCAGUUUUAGUCUGUUUUGUGACUAUUUGUUUAAGUUUUCUUUUUGCUGCAAAUCUAUGAAUUUGCUGAUUUUUAAAUUCAUUUACAUCAACUUUAUGUAGUCUUGUGGGGUUUCUUUUGUGAUUACUACCAAAAACCAUAUUUAAUAUCACUGUCGUUUUUAUAGUGGAUGGCAGUACACAUGCAUUUGUUGCAGCCAUAAAGCAGUCUGCCCUUAUCACUGACUUUUGUACCAGCUCACCAAACUUGCAUGCACCCAGAACAGACAUUUGGACAAGACAAGCCAUUUGCCUAAUUAGAAGUCACAGGGUUCCCACAGGUCCAUAAAGUCUUAAAUUUACUUGUGCAGUUUAAGACAUGUUAUGACUUUAAAUUUGAAAUAAGAAAGUCUUAAUUAUGAUUUCAAGAGGUCUUAAAUUUGGGACCAGAAUUGCGAUUACAGCUAAAUAUGACAAUUAAACUUCAAAAUACUUUUUGAUUUCAUUUAAAAUAAGUGCUGUACAUUCAAAGUCAUUUGCUGCCUGCUUUGUGUAGUGCAGUUACCAGGGAAACAUUUGAAGGUCUGCAGUUCCAUAAGCGCCUCCUGCAGGCAGAGAAUGAAUGUGAAUUUUCAAUAUGCCUGUUUCUCUGAAGGUCCUUCCUGCAAUACCAGCGUGGUUUCAGGACUGCAUUUCGAGGAUCCCAUAGAUUAUUUUUUUUACUUUUUUUUUUUUUGUUUUUGUUUGUAUCAGCAGCUCAUACUAUUUUAUCGCACUUGCUAUUAUUUUCCUAAGCAACUCCUAACCCUAAACAUACCCUCUUGAAACAUUUUACCUAAUUUAUAUCAUUGUUAUAUAUAUGUUUUGGUUUUACAUUGUUUUCUUGUAAGGAAAUAAUUAAAUGUGAAUCUACAGUUUAUUAGCCAGCUUCAUGUCUGAUGAGUGACCCACUUAAAGUGCAGUAAAUGUUAUAACAAUUGCAAUAAAAAUAGUUUUUUUUGUUUGUUUGUUUUUUACUUUAAUGUAAAAUCAUUUGAAUACAAAUACUAAUUUACAACAUCCAGCAGCACAGUGAAAGGUUUUGCACAGCUGCAAAAGUGGAGAUUGCUGACACACCCCCUCUAUUCGAACACUCAAGUUCACGCCUGCUCUUACAUUGAAAAGAAGUUGGACAGAUGGAAAAAAAUGAAUCGUUUCCAUGGAUCUGGUCUUUGCAUCUUUUGAAUCCAGUAUCCUCUGUCGGAAUAGAAUUGGCUAGAUAAGAGCUGUCCCAAAAAGUAGGGUCCUAGAACGCAGGAACAUAGGGUUGUUUUUUCUGGUUACAAUAACCUGGGAUUACUCAAAAUGUGUAUUUUAAAGUUAACCAGUUCACAGGAAGUAUAAUUUGCUUUUUGGUUUAAAAGAACUUCUUAAUAGGAAAUUUGAAAUGGAAUGGAAAUUAGAGAUUAUACCGUACAGAAACUAAAAUAUACUCGCUAAUACACACUAUAUACACAGUCACACAAUACUGAUGUUGUUAACAUUUUAAGAACAAAGUAUAACAAUAAUAAUAUGCUCUGUUUGAAGUAAUUUAUUGAACUGAUUUUUACAUUUAAUCACCAUUGUAGCACGAUUUAUUGUAAUGCUUUUCCCCUCAGUUGGUCAGUACAAACAUGGCUGACAUUUUACUUGUUUAGAUGACAAUAUCAGGUGAAAAUUCUUAUUUGGGUCUUGAAUCAGUGUUUCCAAAGUACAGUAUCCACACCGUGGAUCUCAUGGUGACAGACGACCACAUUCAUAACUGCAGUUGCAGGUUUUCAAACCGAGAUUGCAACAAAGAGGAAAAACAUGCGGACUGCAGCUUUGAUGAGGUUGAGGAAGCUCAUUCAGAUGCUGUUAACCCUGGAAAAAAUUACACCAUUUGCCUUUAACUCAGGUGUUAAAAAGCAAAUCUGUGAUUCACAUGUUCACUGAAUUGGCAUACAGCACUUUGGCUCUUGAGAGACACAUUGGAAACUUGAAACUUUAAUAGCUAUCCUGAUUAAUGUUUUAGAGAUGAUUUUGGUGCAUAUUGCCCUUCCUUAGUUCUUAUGCAACAAGUGAAAGUUAAUAACCUGUGUAGAAUUCACAAAACACACAGACACUUUUUUUAUUAUUAAGUAGCAUUGUUAUUUAAUUUAAUAAUAAAAAAAUUUAGGUGUUACGAAUUUUGUUUGUUUUUCAUUUUUUUAUAUAUAUAAAUAGUUAAGAUGGUUGUCUCCAAUUAAAAAAAAAAAUUAUAAUAAUAACGUGUAGUAUCCACAGUAAUCCAAUUUAUGGAUUAUUUGUAUUGUCUUAUGGAUUCAUUGUUCUGCAGUUGAAACAAAAUGCUAAAUACUUUGCUAAUUUAUUUUUCAUUAUGCCCAGACAGUGAAAUUGAGUUCUUUGCUUUACUCUCUUGGUCUUUGUGAUUGAGAGGUGCACCGUAGAUUAAUAUUUCUGUAAAUAACUUAAUGACAACCAUAAUUUUGCUACUAUUAUUAUAUAACUUUUUUUUACCAAUAACAGCCAAUAAUGGUUCUCCAACGUACCCUUUAUACUUUUGGGUUAGUAUAAUUGUAACACAUUGCAUUUUUAUAUUAAAGCUUGACUUCUGUAUUAUAUUUGUAUUUGACAAUUAUCCAAUACUUGGAUUAACAAUGCAUUUAUACCUAGUCAUUAUUUAUUAUUAUUAUUAUUAUUAAUAACUAAAUUAAUUUUUUCACCUUGCAUGAUGUGAAACCUACAUCAUUUUGGAUUUUACACUUCACAUGUGUUUAAAAGAAAUCUUAAUACUCCUGCAUUGGGUAAUUUACAGGUAACUUUACUUUUAGUAUUGCCUUGAAGACUACUAAUAAAAUUGUCUUCUGCAUCGUUUUCUUACAACAUUUUACGAUUUUUGAAAACUUGGUAGCAUGAUUAAAUCAAAUUUGUCUUAAUUUGAAAGCCAUGUGUAAUUUGAGUAUCUUAAUUCUUAGAGAACAGUGUUCUUUUUUUCUUAUUUAAAUCUUUAAAUCACAUGGCUUAUUUAAGAUAAUUUCAACAUCAAGAAUGGAGCUGGAAAAAAGGUAAUUUCACAUGCAGAUUUUCUCAGAUACAUUGUGGAAGAAAUGUUAUUGUUUAUUGUGUUGGUUUUCUAUGCAAUUUUUUUUUUUCUUAACAGGUUUGGUCGUGACUUCCGAAGUAUCGUCAAGUUUGGAACUUUUUUGGGAUUUUAGCCAUUUAUCCACUGUUCUAUUUAGCUUUAUAUGGCAUGCACCAGCUGUCUGAUGCAUAAUGGUCUCAAAAUGGCAAAAAAAUAGCUUUUUCACAAUACAAGGCUUUAGUCUGAUUGGCUGUCUUUCAAUUACCUGGAGUCAGGGGGUUUAGGUUUUGAACAGUCCACCUGAGAAAUAUUUACAAGUUCUCAAUCUUCCGUGAGAACUAUAAAGGAAGAAUAAGUCGCUGGAUUUGCCAUAAUUUUUAAAGCUUUAAUACACUUGGUAGCAAGUAGACGAUGCAUUAUUGAUCCUGCCAGUAUUACCCCUUUUCCAUCAGCAUGAACCAGGUGCUAAUUCAGAGCCAGUGCUAUUGCCAGUUCGGAGUUGGUUUGACUGACAAGCCUUCUAAGAACCGAUUUGCCUUUUCAUCAGCUAGAGAGCCACCACAGAGCCAGGUCUUAUGUCACUGAAUCAUCAUCUGAAUAGGUCUCAUUUCCCUUAGUAAUGCUAUUGUGGCAGAGCCAAACACAAUGUUUCUUCAUUCUGGAUGCAACGGCACCAGGCGGACUGAUCAGUGUACCACACAGAGUUGCUGCCGGACCAUUCCAAAAGCGUAAAGAGCUGUCUGCUUUGAUGGACCCCGAACAAGCCUAAACACACUAUCAACAGUGGUGGAUGUUUUGUUGCUAUUGAUGUUAAUGGUUUUGCGAACCUACAUCUGCAUUCAGACAUGGCGAAUCUAACAAGCUUAUGUAUAACUGUUAUUACAAAUAUGGCAGUCAGAAGAUUGUUCAUCUUUUUGGUCACUGUAACCCCCAGCCCCUGACAUAAGCAUACUUUAUUCUAGCCCAGCAAUGUUUUAGUGCUACUUACAAGCCACAUUUCCUAGGUUCGGAGCUGGUAAAAAAAAAAAAGCAGACUUGAAACUAGGCUCUGGCUCCGAACCAGCACUCAAACUGCCUUUGUGGAAAAGAGGUAUCAGUUACACAUAAUCUUAGUUAUAUCUCUUCUUAAACACAAUGUGGUAAAAUAUACCAAGGUUGGCCACUUCAUGUCACAAACACGUGUAAAGCAACACAGUUUCAUCAAGGCACGGUGGCUCUUUCAGCACAGAAGCAAAAGAGAAAAACCAUUUACUUUUGUACAAUUAUGAAACAUUGCUGGGUCACAAAUUCCCCUUGAAUCUCGAACUUCAACAAAAAAAAGUGUUUCUCUCGGUGCUGCUACUACUUGCAGGGAUGCUGAGUAUACUUUGGGUCAGUCUUGACAGUACCCGGAAAACUCUGCUGUUGUUUUUCCACCAACCCAAUAGAUCCCACUCCUCUUCCAUGUCGUGGUUGCGGCUGAUGUAUUUGUGAACUUCAUUAACACUUAUUGAGGGGCAUGUUGACACCCUCCUCAAACUCUGCUACUACAGUCUUGCUUCUUUUAGUUGCCGGUUCAACAGCUGGCUCACCACCACUGGAUAAAGCUAACUAUCCGACCCCUGGCAUCUUGGUGGAUAUCCUUUCAUUCAGGUUGAGACGGCAUGCAAAGUUGACAAUUUUUGCCACAGAAAUAUGGCAAGUUUUAUGCAGCCUCUCGAUUUAGAUUUUGCGAUUCAGCCAUUUAAGGAGUCUGUCCCCUGGUGUGGAAUGGCCUGGUGUGGAAUGUCUAAAGUCACAGGCCUGUAGUGACAUUUAAGCCACUUAUGCCACAAAACUGUUCUUGCGGUGAUCGCCAGUCCAGAUGACCGUGAUCAUCCCAAUAUUAAUGUCUCCCAUAAUAACCAAUAUUUCUUUGACCACUGUCUGAUGUUUUGAUGGGUAUAAAUAGGUUGGUAAGCCCCCAUGUUUAUUAGGUCUUGCUCUGGGUUGAUAAAACCUUUUACCGCAACAGUAUGAAAUGGACUGAUAUCGCGCCAACAAAACUAAUUUUUCUGUGAAAUUGGAUUUUACUGAAGCUGACACAGACUUAGCUGGUGGAGAUAAACAGUCUGAAAACUGAUGUCUUGUUUGUAGCUACUAGUGGACAGACCUGCUGUUGAGCGAGUGAAGCCAAGGUCAGUGUGUCACUGUAAAGAUGAACCUGUCUUCUUACUGUCGUAAGCCAAAUCACUUUUGCAAGCCCUAGACUGCACUGCACAGAUCCGCUGAGCUCUUUAUUGCUUGUAAGGACAAGUUUAUAUUUCCACUAUAGUGCAGCUUUUCCUGCAUAGUUUGGCAUCAUCAUAAGUUUCCCCUCAAUAAAUUUAUUGCAAUCAUCUUGUCUUCUGUGUUGUGAGAGGAAAAAGCAUGUCAAAGCAGAUCGGGAACAUUUGUGCUAAAGGUAUAUGAAAGUAAAAAAAAAAA